GCUGCCAGUUGAGCACGGGCACCCGCAGCUGCGUGGUGAAGGAGGACAAUGACUUCCUGGAGCACCUGGUGCUGCUGAGGACGAUCUGCUUGGGGGCUGAGGCCAGGGACGAGCUGCACGUGGUGGCUGUGGACUCAAAGAACACCUAUGGGGACCACAAACCGGUGCCCAUCGCGGCGCUGCGGACAUCGGUGUUGCCCAUGGUCAGCCUCAAAGGUCUGGAGCUGGUCCCUCCCGUCACCUUCGUGCUCAAGUGUGGAGCUGGACCAGUCUAUCUCAGCGGGCAUCGUGUCACUU